AUGCAUAUUGUCGCUCUUCUUCGUCGAGCAUCUGUAUUAACAGCUCGUAGCACGAACCUUCCGAAUUUAUCCGGGAAAUGUUUUCAAAUACGAACUGUUCCUCUAAGACAGUGUUCUUCGACAGCUCAGUCACGACCGAAUGAGACCGAUGAUAAGAAGGACAGCGCGAAAGUUCGGCGAGCUUAUGCCCUAGGAGGAUGUUUGAUGUGUAUGUGGCUUUCUGCACAUGCAUUAUUAUUGUAUCGGCGCCGAAAUGAGCAUCGGAGUCUAAACGAGAAACUUCCACCUAUAUCUUGGGAGGAAUUCGUGCAAAAAUAUUUAUUACUUGGGAAGGUGAAAACGAUAGUGUAUCAACCACAUUUCGAAGUUGGCAAUGUUUAUCUACAUUCCGCUACGGAACAAUUAAUGAAAAAGGCGUUGUUGGAUUGGGUUCAUGCUGCUCCGGACAAAUUCUCUCGCCCUCCAGAUGUGAGAUUUUUCUUCGAAGGUGAUGCAGCUGCUGUGGAACAUGCAAUAAAAACGCUUCAAAAGCAGACUCAUGACUCCGCAAAUCCUUUAGUGGAGGUUGAGUUCGACAUUGAUCAGUUUCCAAGCAACAGGGAAUUGGCUUUCAUUGUUAUAAGUACUUUGUUUACUCUGGCUGCAAUUACACUGAUGAAAUGA